AUGAAAUCAAAAUCUAAAGGAAAACCUCAUUCAGAUUCAGAAGGGAGUGUUGAUAGUAAUUCAUUAUCAUUGGAAAGUGGAAAUGUGAAAACUGUCAAAGACAACAGAAGUAAAGGUCGUAGAGGUUCAGAAUGGGAAAUUUUAGAAGGGUUAAAGGAUGGGCAAAGGUAUAAUAUAAAACCUCAAGUUUUAACUGGUUAUUUGCAUAAAAAAAGAAAAUGGCCUCUUAAAGGAUGGCAUAAGAGAUAUUUUGUAAUCAAUAAAGGAAUAUUGGUGUAUGCUCGAACUCCGAGUGAUAUUACAAGAGGUAAAAUUCAUGGAUCUGUUGAUAUUGGAUUAAGCGUAAUUUCGACUAAAAGCAAAAGUAGACGAAUUGACAUUGAUGCAGAAGAAUUUAUUUACCAUCUUAAGGCGAAACGUUUGGAUACAUUCGUCAAAUGGGUUGAACAAUUAAGAAAACAUCGAUUAUUUCGACAGCAUUUACUGACAUUUGGAGCUAGAGAAAACACAUGCACUGACUGUGAUAAUACAAUUUCAUUUCAACCUAAUCCUAAUUCUUUUACUCCUCCCAUUAGUCCAGCACGAGAUAAAACUCUACAUUGCGGUUUAAUACCUGCUGCUACUCCUGUAGGGGGUAGACUUGCCGUUUGGCUAGUAGAUUCCAUGCCAAUGUUGGAGGGUCUUCAAAAAGAUCUAAAACUUAUAGGGCAAAAUAUUGUUCAUUUAUCCAAAAUUGCUGAUCAAAUAUCUUCCUCUUUGGCAGCUUCUGUAACUGAUCAGGAAAACACGAGUGAAGGUUGUUCUCCGAAUGUUAAGAAAGACAGAAGAAAAUUUGGCUUGCUCAAAAAGAAAAGCAAUAAAGGAAGUUCUGUUGAUUUGGCGUCCUCUUCUCUAAAUGACAAUCUUUUACCUUCUGCAAAUGUCCCUAUAUCUUCACAAUCGGCAGCUCUUUCCAGUAGUCAAACUUGUUUAUCUUCAAACGCUUCCUCAAUGAAUUCAUUGAACAGACCUCAAAGUUUGCCAGGUUCUGAACAUUUGAUGCAACAAUUCGUAUCAUCUUUAGAUAAUAAGAGUGCGAUAACUCCAGAGUUGCAAAUGCGAGAAGAUUUUAUUGUUCUUGCCAAAGAUGUUCAAACCAACUUAAAAACGGUCCUCUGUAGAUUGACGGGAGAGUGCGAUCGAUUGAAAACAGCUUGCGAAUCAGAAAAUAGUCAAUUGUUAAACAUGAACAAUUCAAAUGUUUUAGUAAGUUUAAGACAUUCUUUAAAUCAGGCUUUAGUUCAAAAUAACGAAUUAAAAAACCGAUUAAACCGCGUUCAUGAGAUUGCAGAUCUAGCCGAUAUAAGUUCGGUUGGCCCUGCCUCAGAUGCAAAGCAAAUCGCCGGGAACUUGUCAUACAGUUCAUCUUGCCUCAGCGCGAGCGAGUUUUUCGACGCUGAAGAUAAUCUUCCAAAAUUUGAAGAAUUAGAAGACAAGAAAGAAAAUGUCGAUAACAGCGAAAGUUCGAGCGAAAACAAUUCGUUUUCCAGCGAAGAAGGAGAGGAGGAGAACAGUUUAUCCAGUGAAAACUCCGAUGUUGCCGAAGACUAUACAAUGAGCAGAAUCUCUGGACCGACCAUUUCCGUAACUGGCCGCAGAACUAAACUUCCAGCUCCACGUCCCAAUUUGGAGGGAUUGUCCCUGUGGAACAUUUUAUGUAAAAAUAUCGGUAAAGAUUUAUCGCAAGUGUCGAUGCCAGUGUCAUUAAACGAGCCAUUAAAUAUGUUACAGAGAUUGUGUGAGGAAUUGGAAUAUUCUGAAUUAUUGGACAAGGCAUCUGAAUUAGAUGAUCCUUACGAAAGAAUGAUUUACGUGGCUGCUUUUGCCGUUUCAAGUUAUUGUUCUUCCUAUUACAGAGCCGGAUCAAAACCUUUCAAUCCUUUUCUAGGAGAAACGUACGAAUGCGUAAGAGAAGACAAAGGCUUUAAAUUUAUAUCCGAACAAGUAUCUCAUCAUCCUCCUAUAUCCGUUUGUCACGCGGAAAGUAAAAAUUUUAUUUUCUGGCAAGAUGUUCGAAUCAAAACAAAAUUUUGGGGGAAAUCUAUGGAAUUUCAACCGGCCGGUACCGCAAAUGUUUUGCUACCCAAAAGCGGCGAACAGUACGAAUGGAACAAGGUUACGACAUGCGUUCAUAAUUUAUUUAGCGGUCAAAGAUGGGUGGACCAAUAUGGAGAAUUGAAAAUAUCAUCCAGUUCGGGAAUCACAUGUAAACUAACAUUUGUCAAAGCAAGUUAUUGGUCUUCGAAAAGGCACGAAGUACACGGUUCCAUAACUAGUCAAGACGGAAAAGUUGUUAGAAAUAUAUUUGGAAAAUGGAGCGAAGGUCUUUAUUGCGGUGUCGCACCGUCUGCCAAAUGCAUAUGGCGACCUGGUACGAUGCCAGAAGAUUACGAAUUGUACUACGGUUUUACCAGGUUUGCAAUAGAAUUAAACGAUUUAGAUUCGGAAACGGCUAAAUAUUUACCACCAACGGAUACGAGGUUUCGUCCAGAUCAAAGACUUUUGGAAGAAGGAGAUUUGCAAGGAGCGGAAAAUUUAAAAUUGACAUUGGAACAAUCGCAAAGAGAAAGGAGAAAGAAAAAAGAAGCCGAGGGAAAACCCGCAUACGAGAGCAAAUGGUUUUUCAGGGAAGAAAUCGGGAACGGAGAAGAAAAAUGGACGUUUGGUAACAAAUAUUGGGAAAUGAAAAAAAAUCCAGGAUUUGCAAAUAUGGAAUUUGAAGCGUUAUGGUGA